UGUCUAAUGGCGUGUUAAUAGCUCGCUCAGCAAGCGACCUUCAAAUUUACCGUCGGUACAAAAACGUCCGCAAAAAUUAUAGCGCGAAUACUGCGCUGAAAUGAAAGCUCAACUCGUUGUCCGCUAACGUCGCGCGUCAACGGGCACUAUUGCACUAAAGUCUAACGCUUUAAUUUUCUACGUGGCUUGAACAAAGUGCAUGAUCCAAUCCAGUCGCCCGCUAGCUGCCCAUUGCAGCUGCGAUGCAGCCUUCUGCAGAAACAGAAAGCUGUUCGGGCCCGUCGCGAACAAUGCUGGUAAACCGGGUAAUUCCAAAGGUUAAUCCUGCAGCUAAUAAAUGUGACUACACGUAAGUGGUCCUAAGUCACGUAAAUAUGACUACACGUAAGCACGUAACUGGUCCGCGUAAUGCAGCGCGGCUUAUCGGUUUACGCGUGCGUCACAAAUCUGAUCGCAUGAUGUCUGGCGGUUCCUGACGGGAGAACAAGGAUGUCGCGUCGACGCCCUCACAAAAGCUAUCGUUGGCCAGGCCCCAUCUGAGAGUGCUGCCAGACACGAUGGCUCCGCUGUCCCAACGAGAGCGCGGAGGAAAUAAAGUAUCCCGGCAAUUAGAAGGCAACAUUACCUGCGUCUUAGGCAGCAGGGCGUGGCUGUCUCCUUAGGAGCAGCGAAUGCAUUUCUUCUUCCUAAUUUUCUCCCUGCCGUCGCUUCCGUCAGCCUUCACUCUCCUCUCAGCGAGACCGUCGAAAAGCUCCCGACUUUCUGUGGCGCAGUUUCUAAUGGAGUGUUAUGCCUCGACGGAGAGGCCAUAAAAGCGCCGGCUCGCGCGGUACUCGCCGAGAGACCGCCAAGUGGCUGCGAGCAAACUACGGCGUUCGUUUCUGCGCAGCCUUAGAACCACGAUGGCGACGGCAUCGAUCACAGCCGACGACGGCGCGCCGUUCUUUCUCCGCAGGGACCCGCGCACCGCUGAUUGGUCCUUUCCGGGCAACAAGCAGGUGAUCACGCUCCUGCUGGUCGGCUACAUCUACGUCGUCAAGGUGGCCGGCCCGUGGUUCAUGAAGAACCGCAAACCGUACGAUGGCAUCAAGCCGCUCAUCGCGUUCCACAAUCUCUUCAUGGUGGUGGGCAGUGCUUACUUCGUCUCCGCUUUCGCGUGGACCGCGUAUGUCCGCAACGGUUACAGCCUGCUGUGCCAGGGUAUCGACUUCGACGCCAGGGACGAUGGCACCAUGCAUCUGCUGAACCUCUACUGGUGGUACGCGAUGCUCAGGACACUCGACUUUCUCGACACCCUGUUCUUCGUGCUCCGCAAGAAGGAGUCGCACAUCUCCUUCCUGCACGUCGUGCACCACACCAUUGUGGUCUUCAACGGCUGGUUCGGACUCACCUACGGUGCGGAUGGCCAAGCGGCGAUUGUUGUGGUCAUCAACGGCUCGGUGCACGUAGUGAUGUACACGUACUACUUCCUCAGUCUCCUGGGACCGGAAGUACAGAAACACUUGUGGUGGAAGCGCUACAUUACGCAGCUGCAGCUUGCGCAGUUCGUCGUUCUCUUCACGCACGCCUUGCUGCCGCUCUUCCUCAACUGCGGAUACCCCAGGUCUCACACAUUCAUCACGCUGUCGCAAGCUGUCUUCUUCUUCGGCCUGUUUACGCACUUUUACGUUAAAAACUACCAGACGAAGAAGGUACAUUUAGCGGCGAAACAUAGAGCUAACGGCAAGAUACAAUGAGGCAUGAGGUUUCUUUUUUUUUUUUUGAGUGUAUGAUUGCAUUUUGUUGAACUUUUGGCGGAACGUACGAUGGUUUUUUGCUGGCGAAAAACUGACGUGUUGCUUCGUUUGCCGUAAAUUUGCGGCUGAUACGAUGGUACAGACUACCAGCGAAAAUGUCUCGUGAAAUAGAAUGACUAAUUACGAGUAUUGGGUAGCAGUAGAUCUUUUGCGUAGUGUUAUAUGAUGGUCAGGUAUGUCUUUCACUGUCAUAUACCAAAACAGAAGAUUAGGUUAUAAAUAUCAACACUAUGAAUAUAUAUGUUCGAAAAUGUCUGCGAUAAUCUGUUUUAGCUAGUAAGAUUGUUUAAAUUCAACAUCAGGUGUAAAAUACACUCAGGAAAUGAACGUGUAUAUAUUCGGUUAUUCACUCAAAUGCCUAGUCUAGAACAAAGUGAUCAGCAAUAUAGAAAAGAAAGGCGCCUGCGUGGCCAAACAAACCGCCGUAUAUCAAAAUGACGGAUUUCGAAACAUUGUGAGGGCAAUGACUGCGCCAAGUGCUUACCUGUUAUGUUCAAAUUUUCUUUGUUACAAACAUGCAGAAUAAAAUUGGUUCCUAUCUCUGUGCAUGUUUCAA